UUUUAACUUUUCUUUAAUUUAUUUUUAAAGUUUAAACGUUUGUCUGUUUUGUUUACAUCGAAUUUUAUAAUAUAUCGGAAUAUUUAAUUUUGAUAUUUUGGCUAUACACGGCUUAAGAAUUUCUGUCUGAAGUUGGUGUAAUAAACCAAUGUAAAUUUAUUAAAUAUGAAUUAUCAAGCGCUGUAAUUCAUGUAUUAACUUCUAUCUGCUGUAAGGAAAUAUAGAGGACAGGCAAAGAUCGUUAGUGCUACGCUGAAAUUGUCAGAGGUAUUAGUAUUGUCUGCUUACUAUGGAGGACGGAGAACUGGAUUCAUCGGAGUUGGGUACCCAUCAGUACUGGAAGGAGGCCUACACGAAGGAAAUAAGUAACUUUGAUCAGCAUGGUGAUCCAGGGGACGUUUGGUUCGGAGAGGACAGUGCAUUGAGAGUCAUUGACUGGAUUUGCAAGUGUGGUAUUGAUAAGGACACCAAGAUUAUUGAUUUAGGUUGUGGCAAUGGGUACACAUUAUCAGAGUUAGCAAAGCAUGGGUUCACUGACUUGCUGGGCGUAGACUACUGCGAGGAAGCUAUAACCCUGGCUGAGAAGGUGACCCAGAGUGAGUUCCCUUCAGUGAGGUUUCAGGUGUUCGACAUUAUCACGGACGAUGUACAGAAGCUGGGCUGCAAGUUCGGUCUGGCGCAUGACAAAGGCACAUAUGACGCCAUCAGUCUCAACCCAGAGAACGCCACACAAAACAGACAAACAUACAUACAGCAAACUUGUGAUAUGCUAAAUGAUAAUGGUAUUUUUGUUAUAACAUCUUGCAAUUGGACGGAAAGUGAGCUUUUGAAACACUUUGGGGAGACAAUGAAGUUGAAAUACGUCAUACCAACGCCACAGUUCAAAUUUGGCGGGAAAGUUGGCAGCGUUGUAUCGUCUGUGGUUUUUGAGAAAAUUCAAUAGUCACUUGUACCGAAUCGUAAAUCUAUGAUAAUAAUGGUCAAAAGGACUAGAACGCAGAGCCGUAAAGCAAAGUUAUAAAAAUUAGAAGGCCAGGAGUUCCAUAUAAAAAGUGUUUAAUAAAAAUAAUAUUGUUGUUA